CUUGAGCUACCUAAUAGGUAUUGUUUUUGUUGACUUUCAGAUGUACAAAGUCAAUCUUUCAAUCUUCCAAUCUUUCAGGGUUCCGACCCAGUGGAACACCGCAACGACUUCGGAAUGCGCCCCACCGCGAUCCACCAUUUACGCUUAUCUCUUUUUAAGGUCUCCACCAGCGAUAGUAGCUGUGCUGACUCAUCUCAGCUUCAUAAGGCAGGUACAACACAUUGGUACCCGUGACAUCUCCGCGUAUCGUGGCAAUUAAGACAUUGUUUCUCUUUUGUUCUCCAAAUUGACAACUAACUUGUUCAAACUUCAAGCAACCCGCCAAUAUAAGACAUGAUGCAUCGUAUCCCAUAAAAACUUUUGUUCGGCGAAACAUCUUAACCGCCUAUCGAGAUGACGCAUAUAACUUUCUCGAUGAAUUUAGUGCGGGCCGUAUCUUGGGGUCUGCGUACCCCGACCGGGAAAUAUCGCUCUGAGUCUCUGCGGCGAAUAGGCACAGCGGCGGCGGCGGUGGCAAUACCAAAUAUUUCGGAGUCCGAAAGUCCGAUCCAGGCGCCACCCGCUCAGCCUUCCCGGCGGCAAUUGUUGAAAGAUGCCAAGCCGUUUUCGGACUUCCUUACGGACACCUUCCAACGGCAACACGACUACUUACGCAUUUCGCUUACCGAAAGGUGUAAUCUUCGAUGCGUUUACUGUAUGCCAGAGGAAGGUGUCCCUCUCUCUCCUCAAAGAGAGUUGCUAACAACCCCUGAGGUUGUUAUGCUGUCAUCUCUGUUCGUUUCUCAGGGGGUUAACAAGAUCCGUCUGACAGGAGGGGAACCUACCAUUAGAAAGGAUAUACUGCCAUUAAUGCAACAGAUUGGUGCUCUUCGCCCGCAUGGUCUGCGGGAACUCUGUCUUACCACCAACGGUAUAGCGCUCCAUCGAAAGCUCGAAGGUAUGGUUGAAGCUGGACUAACCGGCGUCAACUUGAGCCUUGAUACACUGGACCCAUGGCAGUUUCAGAUCAUGACCAGGCGAAAGGGCUUCGAUGCCGUUAUGAAAAGCAUCGAGAGAGUAUUUGAGCUUAACAAGCACGGAGCCGGCAUCAAGCUCAAGAUCAACGCGGUCGUCAUGCGGGGAAUAAAUGAUCGGGAGAUCAUUCCUUUCGUCGAGAUGACCCGCGAGAAAGAUAUUGAAGUAAGGUUUAUAGAAUAUAUGCCGUUCGAUGGCAAUAAGUGGAACGAGGGUAAAAUGUUUAGUUAUUCAGAGAUGUUGGAUCGUAUUCGGGAGAAAUUUCCUGGUAUAGAAAAAGUACGGGAUCACAAGAAUGAUACGAGCAAGACCUACAGGAUCCCUGGAUUUGUUGGCAAGAUUGGCUUUAUCACCAGCAUGACACACAACUUUUGUGGGUCCUGUAAUCGUCUUCGCAUCACAAGCGAUGGCAACCUCAAAGUUUGUCUCUUUGGAAACUCGGAGGUCUCGCUGCGUGAUAUCCUAAGAGAAUCUAACGGGGGAGAACCGGUUGACGAGGAAGCUUAUGAGACUAUGAAAAAGAUCGAGAUGGACCGACGACAGCAAAUAUCAAGCGAGCCGACAUCCCUUCACUUAUCCCCUAGUGAGCACAGACUUCUAGAGGUCAUCGGUAUGGCCGUGAAGAGGAAGAAGGCCAAGCAUGCUGGUAUUGGCGAGUUGGAACAUAUGAAGAAUAGACCCAUGAUACUCAUAGGUCCGCGGCGAUUCAUUCCGGAUAGCCGUUCGCAAAUCUUGCCUUUCGAUGCUGCGAGGAAUCCUCUUGUCAUACCUUCAGCUCCUAAGAGGGUGGCCUCUUGGUUACCUACCCCGCCAAACAUCAUCGUACACGGACAACACCUGCGGUGCUUCUCACAGACGAGCCUACGGCAUAAUGAGAAGAGCAACGUUGCCAAGUUGACGCAUGUAUCCGAGUCUGGCUCUGCUCACAUGGUAUCUAUAUCAGAAAAGACGCCGACCAAGAGAAUCGCCAAGGCAGCAUGCAGUAUUCAUUUCACCAAUAGGAUCGCUUGCAAGCUCAUCAAAGAGAAUCAGAUCAAGAAGGGAGACGUCUUAGGGGUUGCCCGUGUGGCAGGGAUUAUGGCCGCAAAGCGAACAUCCGAUCUCAUCCCGCUUUGUCACCCUAUCGCGAUCACCAAAGUUACUGUAGACCUUGUCGUACGUGAAAACGAUAAUAACGACGAAGAAGAGAAUGGAGGUGGCCGAGUUGAUAUUGAGGCAACUGUAGCUUGCGACGGCAAGACAGGGGUAGAAAUGGAAGCUUUAACAGCUGCUUCUACGGCAGCACUCACUGUAUACGAUAUGUGUAAAGCAGUAGAUAAAAGGAUGAGCAUUCAAGGCCUGAGAGUCGUUCUCAAAGAGGGCGGCAAGAGUGGCCGAUGGGUUGAUGGCGUCCAGGACGAUCUGACUAGCCCAGAUGAAUAAUACGAUUUGUUAAAUGAUGCUUCAGAU